CACAUUGGUUUCCAUAUGCUUUUGUUCGAAGCCUCAUACUUCUGCUUGUUGGGAAUUCACACUUCUGUAAUACCCAGACAUAUAAAUGCACCUCAGGUCCAAAUUGUCUUCAGUAAAAGGAAGAGGAGAGAAUCACAGCUCAGAUUUCUCAAGAUGAACAAGAUUGUCUUUCUUAUUCUGCAAACUGCCAUUCAAUUGGCAAGUGCCACUUCAUUGAGGUCCAUCAAGCCAAAUGUUUUGGCUCUGGAGGUGAAAGAUUUGAACAGCCAUGAGGUACCGCUGGAUUGUGGAGAGCAGUUUGAUGGGGAAGACAUUCACUGGAAGAUGAAUGGAGAAAUCAUUCCCGAGAAAGGAAAUCACAUCACCGUAACCAUCGACGGAUUACGUGGAGGAAACUUCACAUGCCACAAACCAAACGGAGAUCUCCUGAAUUACACACUGCUGCUGGUUCAUCCGGUCGACUUUAACAAAGUAGUUCUCACGCAGUCUGAUGAUAAAGAAUUCGUGUCUUGCACGGCAAAAAACUACAGUGAACAUUUUCAUUGCUCUUGGAAAUGGCAUCCUAAACGCAACGAUAGAGCUGUGGUAUAUUACUCAGCAAUCCGAAACUCCAGCUUUAUCAACUGCACUCUGGAUGCUGAUAUGUAUGGGAUGACUUGUACUGAUGUGGCUUACUGCCCGUACUCUGAGGAGUCAAUGAGCAUCAAUCUAACACUGCUGGUCAGAAACGAGUACAGGUUAGAGGAGCAUCACAGGACCUUUCUCAUCCGAGACAUUGUCAAACCAGAUAAAGUGACUUUAACCAAGAUUGAAGAUCAUGUGUUUAAAUGGAGCCCUCCUGACACCUGGAGUUACUCCUGCAGUUACUUUCCUCUCUCAUAUGAGGUGAAAGUGAUUCCAGACAUGGAUUCCAAUCCUGACUGUGACUACAUGGGCCGUCGUGUUGAAAAAAAUGAAACCAAUGAGACGCAAUACACAGUGAACAAGAAAGCAUAUAAGUUUUGUGUCCGGGCUCAGGAUCGAUUUACUAAAAAAGCCUGGAGUGACUGGAGUCACCACUAUCACGGGAAAAAACACAAGCAAAGCUCAGAGUAAUAAAAGGUUUGCUCAGGGGAAGUUUCUGCUUGACAGCGCAAUCAUCUGAUUUCAAUUGCAUAUAUGUUAUUUAUAUUUUUGUGAAAUUACAUGUGUCAUAAUUUUCUAGACCAAUAAAAUAUUUUUUUUUGGCUUUUGUCUUUCAACUUGAUUGCAUCUGAUAUGUGUUUUUUCUGCAUCAUUUAUUAUAAACAAUAAAAUGUAUACUUUUUAUAAACACUAAUAGAUAUUCCUCCUUUGAUUUAAUGAGUUUGAUGCAAUGAGUUGCUUCUAAUAAAUGUAAAGAAAAAAAUAUUCCUGUUAAUCUAACCUAUAUAUAUAUUUUAAAUAAAAUGUCUAUGUACCUUUCAUUCAAAGUGCUAAAUGCAAACAUAUAUAGUCGCACAGGUAUAUUUGUAUCAACAAACAAAAAUACAUUAAAUGGGUCAAUUUAUUGACUUUUCUAUGCCAAAAUCAUUAGGAUAUUACAUAAAGAUCAUGUUUCAUGAAGAUAUUUCCUAA